ACAUCACCAACACCCACACCAAAGUCAAUGUACAACUCUUAAAGAACAAUGCGCAACUCGUGGAAGCUGCGAUCCCACCUCUCCUCCCCCACGCCAUUUUCCCUGCAAGCCUACAAACGAAAUACAGACACACCAUUUACAUGAAACCGCAGUAAUUUUCUUUCAUUUUCAGUACACAUCUCGAGCAAGUAAUGGAGUUGGUCUGCUGUAACUGCGGAUACACCGCUCCAUCUUCACCACUGGCGUCGCCGGCGAUUGGUCAGCUAAAGACCCAUCGGAAAUAUGAAAAGUUCUUCCGGAGGUGUUCAUCUGAAAGUAAAGCUAGGAAGCCAGUGAGUGUUCGAGCCCAGAGAAGUGAUUCUUUGGUACAAGUCGAGAAGCCCCUCAGUACAAGCAUUAGCAGCGCACUGGAGCAGCUGGAUAUUGAAAGAGGUGUUUGUAUUCCCUUUCGGAAGUACACUCCGGAAUCGGUCAGGAAUAAUGUGUUGGAGUCAAGAGGUUCAAUAUUGUCAUUAAUUGGCAGAGGUGUUGAAAUUUUAUGGGGUUUGGGACUCUACUGGUCUGCCUUGAUGUAUGAUUGUUUUGUGGGCCGUGAUGAAGAAGUUGUUCCAUUUCGUGCACGCCAACUGAGGAAUCUCCUGUGUGACUUGGGCCCUUCUUUUAUUAAAGCUGGACAGGUGCUUGCUAAUAGGCCUGAUAUUAUCAGAGAGGAUUACAUGAAUGAACUUUGCAUCCUUCAAGAUGAUGUUCCUCCUUUCCCAAAUCAGGUAGCUUUUGACAUAAUAGAAGAGGAGUUGGGCCAACCUCUAGAGGCCGUUUUCAGCAAAAUAUCAUCAGAGACAAUUGCAGCUGCAAGCUUGGGUCAAGUUUAUCGAGCUACACUCCGAUCAUCUGGAGAGGAUGUCGCUAUAAAGGUGCAAAGGCCUGAAAUAGAGCCCAUUAUUUAUAGAGAUCUUUUUCUUUUUCGUACUCUAGCAUCGUUCUUGAACGGGAUCAGCCUGCAAAAACUGGGCUGCAAUGCAGAGCUUAUAGUUGAUGAAUUUGGAGAAAAGCUUUUGGAGGAGCUUGAUUAUACCUUGGAAGCCCGUAACAUUGAAGAUUUUAUUGAGAAUUUCAAGGGUGAUCCAACAGUUAAAAUACCACGCGUCUAUAAGGAGCUUUCUGGUUCACGUGUGUUAGUGAUGGAGUGGAUUGAUGGAAUUCGAUGCACAGAUCCUCAGGCUAUCAAGAAUGAAGGAAUUGACGUAGAUGGUUUUUUGACGGUUGGAGUAAGUGCUGCUUUGCGACAGUUGCUGGAAUUUGGUCUGUUUCAUGGGGAUCCACACCCUGGAAAUAUCUUUGCCAUGCGUGAUGGACGUAUUGCAUAUGUGGACUUUGGGAAUGUGGCUGUUCUCAGUCAGGUAGCUAUCUUCGCCAUAUUGACUGCACUUAAUCAUUUCAAUAUGUUUGUCUUGGUUUCUGACUGGACUAGGGUGCUGUAUAAUGUGAAGUCCAAUGUUCAAAACCAUUGUUGCAGAACAUCCACUAAUACUUACCUAUUUUCUCUCUAUAUCUUUUUUAGUGUGAAAAUAGUAGUUAGUGCUGACUGUUUCUGCAAUAUAUCCAAUGAAAAUAAUUGGUUAAUAUCUUUUCGUUUAAUUGUAACUGCUGAAGUAGAGCAAAAUAAGCAAAUUCUUAUAGAUGCUGUUGUCCAUGCUGUAAACGAAGAUUAUGCUGAGAUGGCUAAUGAUUUUACUCGGCUCGGUUUUCUGGCCAGUGGAACUGAUGUAUCCCCUAUAAUUCCAGCUCUGGAAGCAAUAUGGCAGAACUCUGUUGGGAAAGGCCUAUCGGACUUUAACUUCAGAAGUGUUACAGGGAAAUUUAACCAGCUAGUCUACAAUUAUCCUAUUCGAAUUCCAGAGAGGUUCUCUCUUGUUAUUCGCUCUUUGUUGACUCAAGAAGGCAUAUGCUUCACCCUGAAGCCUGAUUUCAAGUUUCUUGAGGUUGCCUAUCCAUAUGUCGCAAAACGCCUUCUGACAGAUCCUAAUCCUGCUUUACGUGAACGUCUUAUUCAGGUAUGUUUUGUUAAAGAUGGGGUUUUCCAGUGGAAAAGGCUUGAGAACCUUAUCAUCUUAGCAAAAGAAAAUGUGGCUAAGAUGAGCAGCAACCCUGCAUUGCAGAAAAACAAUAUGUAUGUCAUAUUCUUGUCCUUGCAAAGCUCUAGGGAGCUACAAAUUGCAAGGAAAUUGGACCUAACAGACACUAUCAAGGACGGGACCCGGCUGUUUCUAAUUGAUGAAGGGAUUCGUAGACAGCUUCUUCUUGCUCUCACAGAAGACUCCAAGCUUCAUAUUCAAGAGCUUGUAGACGUAUACAGAUUGCUCGAGGACCAAAUAGACGUACCUUCGGUAGCUUUACAAGUCGCACGAGAUCUUCCUUCUGUUGCUCGGGACGUAAUGCUUUCAUGGAGUGCCUCUGUCUUGUCUGAUAGAUAAAGUUGUGCCCUGUUGUUGUACAUGCAGUUUUUGUAGUUGUGCUCUAGCAUGUUGACAUGACAAUGUCGGUUUCAGAUUUUGUAUAUAACAUAAUUUUCUAUGUAUAGGUUGUCAUAUGCUUCAAAGGUGUAUGUAAAUUUGUAUGGUUAUCUUUCUAAUAUAAUUCUUUCCAUUAUUUUUCCCUAGCUAGGAGCUAAAAAUGUGUAUACACCUUUGUUCUAAAAAUGGUCUUGGCGGUGCCUAGACGGUAAAUACGAUUUUUACCUAGGC